AUGGUUAUUGUGUUUAUUGUGAACUCAAUUUUGUUUAUGGGUAGACCUAACGAUAGGUACGGUUUUAUUAGACCACCGGUUGAUAACACAUGGGAUGAGUCCUAUGGGGAACCGGAGGAACAGUGGUUUGAUCAGAGAGUCGAUCACUUCAAUAAACAGGACAACAAGACUUUUAAACAGCGUUAUUUUGUAGAAGAUUCCCAUUAUAAAACUGGUGGACCUGUAUUUCUAAUGAUUAGUGGUGAAAGUGAGGCAGGUACAUUUUGGUUAACGAAUAUGACUUAUAUGGGAGAAAUUGCCCCAAAGUUUGGCGCUCUGGCAGUGGUGUUAGAGCACCGGUAUUACGGAAAAUCCGUUCCCACACCAGACCUGUCCACCGAAAAUCUUAAAUAUCUGUCGAGUGAAUUGGCGCUGAAAGACACGCAACAGUUUGCACUGUAUUUAAUGAAAAAGUUAUCACUUGAAGGCAGCAAAUGGGUUGUGUUCGGGGGCUCGUAUGCGGGCAAUCUAGCUGCUUGGUUUAGGGAGAAGUACCCAAAUAUAGCCGCCGGUGCCAUAGCCUCUAGCGCUCCCGUCGAGGCUGUGGUCGAUUUUAUGGGUUAUGCGGGAGUUGUUAGCGAAUCACUGGGAAAGGAGUGCUCCGAUAAUAUCAGGAAAGCUUUUAUCGAAAUGGAGACACUUUUGAAAACACCUGAAGAUGUUAUAAAAUUGCGCAAAACUCUUAAUAUGUGCGGCACUUUUGACGGCAAAAAUAUCAAUAAUAACCGGUUGUUAGCGUUUAAUUUGAUGGGCACUAUAUCUCAUGCCGUUCAGUACAACUUACAUCUCGAUGUGAUUUGUAAGAUAAUGAACGACUCCUCAGUGGGUACGCCACUGGAAAGGUGUGCCAAAGUACUGGGUGUGAACCACACAAAGCCAUGCGAUGAAGUAAAUUAUAACGAUAUGAUCAAAGCGUCGAGAAAUACAACUAUUGAUCCUAAAAUGAUGGAGAGACAAUGGUUAUAUCAGGCGUGCAAUGAAUUCGCUUAUUUUGUAACCACUGAUCUCGUAAACAACCCCUUCGGACACAACGUUCCCGUAGAGUUUUGGGUCCAAAUGUGCGCUGAUAUGUACGACAAACAAUUCACGGCCCAAAGCAUACAGAAAUCGGUCGACCGGACGAAUGCCUAUUACGGCGGUCUAAAGCCAAAGGUUACUAAUGUUGUGUUCCCUAACGGGUCACUCGACCCCUACCACGCUCUCAGUGUUCUCCACGAUCUCAAUAAUAGCACAAAAGCCGUUGUGAUUGAGAACUACUCACACGGCGGCGAUAUGUGGGGAUCGACACCAAAGGAUACCCAGAGUUUGAGAAAUGCCCAUAAAUUGAUUGAACAACAAAUCGCUGAAUAUAUUAAAUAA